UGCAUUUUGCUCAAGUUAAAAAUUUUAAAAAGUAAUUUUUUUUGUAUAUUUUUGCAAAAUUUCCUUAAAAAAUCUUAAAAAUGGACGACUUUAAACAAAUAGGCAGUAAAUGUAGUGUUCUAGCAACCGCGAGUGCCAUUCACAAAGCGUUAAAGUUGAUAACUGAGAGGAGAACCAAGACCGGCGGCAAAUCCGGCUCUGCUGGAACAAAUGAAGUCGAACUGUUGAAGAGUUUAUGCAAGUCGGACAAUCCGCAAACUGCGCAGCUUGCCGUUCAAGCGCUGUUCCAUUUGGUAAGCAUCGGAUCGUUGGACCUGGGCCAAACGUUGGGAAUUUUGGUAACGGCAUUAGCCAACUCUUCACCGGCCCAUUUGUCGGCCGUUGGCAAUGGGAUGUUUGAGCUGCUACUGCUGGAUCUACGACGACGAUGCUUGGCCUUGGGAGAAGAAAAGUACGUCUGCCAGUUUGAUCUGAAGCCACCGCAGCAUCCGCUGAUAUUGCUGCUUGGCACUAGGGAUGUGGUUAAUGUGCUAUCUUUUGGUACCAAGGUCAACGAGAUUUGCCAUCAUCAUGAUCAGCUCAUUCGAAAGAACAGCAUCGAGUUCUUGAGACCUGUUUUUUUGCAUGUAUUCAACAACACGGUGUUGUUUCCGGAAACUCAGAAGAUGUGGCGCGCCCUGUUGAUGAGUUCAGUCAACGAUGAAGCUGCCGUUUCGAUGAUUUACGAUAUUGUGGCCUGGAGUAAGACUUCCACGGGGGACAAGUGUCUCUAUACGAAUAAUCUUCUCUUAGAAGCGUUGGAAUUCUACUCGCUUGAAAACAAACGGUUCGACUGUUUGCGAAUGGAUAUUUGUCUGUAUCUUGCUGCAGUUAGUAAGGAAUUGAUUGGUUUCAACUAUGAUCCUUCGGAGAAUUUCUUAAAGAUAUUAUCGACAUUGCACGCCGUUAAGGGAGAGCAUAAAAUGAUCAACUAUAAUAGUGUGUUGCUCAUGAUAUUGGCCGAUUUGCUGCAAAGCCUAGCUCCUGCUCAUAUUUUGGGCUUGAUGAGAAUUGUGCGUUUCCUGCUGGAGUCCGGAUGUAAUCGUUUGAGCCAACUCAUGAUUCUGGAUGGCGCGGUUCAACUAUUGGGACAGCAAACCUUUGUGCAAAACUAUCUUGAAGAUUGCAAUUUUAUUAUGCACACAGUAGUGGGUAAUAGAGGCGGAAAUGAGGUUGAAGAUUAUUUGUUCGUUUGUCCAGCGGGCUUCUUUCAUCAGGAUAUUGCCAAAUACAGCCAUUUCUGUAUGUGGUGGAACAGAGUGAAAAUCGGACAGCAUUCAGUGACUGAUUUCCUAGAAGCAAUAUCUCAGAACGUGAGAUUCAGCGAAAAAAUCGAUUUGGUUAUAAGGGGGUUGUUUUACAUGAAGGAACUUCCGUAUGAAGACUGGCGAAAGGUUUUCGAUCAGCUCGUUAUGUGUUCCAGAUCAAGCGAAGAAAGGUGCUCCAGAAUUCUAACGCCGAUUCUAUUCUCGCUGGCCAACGACACAAAUCCACACAAACGACUUUAUCUGCUGAGAAGUCUAGCAUCCAUGGGUGCGAAAGAUCACGUGUUGGGUGUGCUGAAAGCUUUGGCGAAAGAUGUGGAUAGAGCGACGAGUUUGGAUCUGUAUCUACGGCUGUGGAAGGCUGAACCAAGAACUUAUCCGUUUUUGUACGAUGUUUUGAAGGACACUAGCCGUAGAGCAAAAGAGGAUCCAUGGGAAACGACCUUGGCCAGGACCUACACCAUUCGGGAAGUUUGUUUGAUCAAACCUCAUCAGCACGGAGCGGACUUGGUGAACUUGUUCUCGGAAAUUCUCAGCCGCCCGGAAGAUGUCAACAAUGAAGCAGCUGUAGCAUUGGCAAUCGAUGCCAUUGCCAGUCUCUGCGAAAAUCACGUUGUCAAUAUUGUCUCAACUUGGAAGGUUCUCGGGUUCAAGUUCACUCACGAAAAACGACCUCGGAUCAUUCGCAGCCUGUGCAGAUUUUUUGCCAACGUUCCUUCAAUCAAGGUGAACUCUCUCGAACAGGAACGGCUAGUCAAUGAAAUCAUCCUCAAGUUGUGGCAGUUUGUAACCGAUUUCGAUGAUCGUGAAGUGAUUGUUGCUGCACUGGAAUCGUUGAAAUCCUUCCCGCCGGAAAUGAUGAACAUUUUCCACAUUCCUGAUAUCUUCCGCCAGGGAAUCCCUCUGCCUAGUGAGGAUGAUGAUUCGCUGGAAGCGAGACGGAUUCCCGGUGAAUGUUGGAUUCAAUUGAUUCAUUUCGUCAACCACUCGGCUAUUGAACAAGCCGGAAACUUGGUCGCUCAUCACGUACACAAUGAAAUGCAAACCUACCGAGGAGGAGUAUAUCUAAUGCCAGAAGGGCGACCAGAGCCAACAUCCUUGCGACACUUUCCAAAGAGCAGCAUCCUUGCUGCGGUCAUUCACUAUCUAAUUAACCAUGGAGGAAAAAUGAACGCCUCGGAUACCAACGAUCUCGUUUUGUUCAAUCUCCUUAGGAUCGUGGCGAAAAAGUAUCCCAAACCGAUUCCACCACUAGAUUGGUGUUUUCUGCACGAAUACUUCCACCACUGUUUCGAAGCGAAAAAGUACUGCCUUCGGAUUGCCAUUAAACAAAUGCCAGUCUCAGGAACUGCCAAACGGAUAGUGGAAAACUACCUCAGCGAAGCGGUGGAAAACGACAUGGAAGUGGAAGAUGUCCUAGUCGUGUUGGAGUUUUUGAACGUAAUCACAGAAUCAGUGCAAACCGACAUCUACAAGAGAUACGUGCAUUUGGCUUUGCAAUUUUUAUUGGAGCGUUCUGAGGACGUGAAAGAAAAUGAGAAAAGCCCCUUCUUAACAGUUGUUGAAAAUUUAAAGGCAGCUAUUCUGAAGAAGACAUAUCAAAAUGAGGAAAAUUUCGAAUAUCUUUGCGAAACUUUGGAAAAUUUGUUCAGUCGAUUCAACGUUAAUACACCGACUUUCGACGAGUACGUCAAGGUGCUAAGCGUCCUACCCUCGAAACAUUUGACCUCGCUUCUCAAACCCAGCACGUGGCUCGAUAAACGCAAUCAGACCAAACUGGAAAAAGUCAUCUUCCUACAAUUUUCCAUCCACAAGCACAACCCGACUGCCACCGAUUUGCAUCUGCUGGGACUAAGCGACAUACUGAAAUCCAUGGGUAGUUUCGAAACAGAAGCUCGGCGUUACUUCUUGCGUUCGUUUUUCGAUUUUGUGCCAACCCUGGAAAAUCAUAAAGCUUUGAACGGAUGGAUCAUCGAACUGAUCGGUUACAUUCAAUCCAACCUGGCUGAACAGCAGUCUCACCAGAUGAAGGAAGUUAUACUGUUGCUGGAUGUGUUCUUCAUAGCUGUGAUCAGUUUAUCGGGGUAUGGAGCGCUGCUGGGAAAUGAGACGGUAGUGGAAAAUCUAGACAUGAGGUUUUCCAUUUUCCCACCAAGUUUGAUCAUGGUGUUCCGAUUGAACUUGUGGAGGGAAAUUGAAAAUAAGAUUUAUGAAUUCCUCUACCAUUUGUAUAACCAUCCGAGUAUCUCUGCACCAUACGCAGAAUGCUUCCGCAACGCUCUGCUGUGCUGCAAGGAACAAUCGUAUUUCCAACAAUCUAAAGCGUGGCCCAAAUUUGUUUCGCUACGUAGACUGUAAGUAUAGAUGACUGCCUAGUUACAUUGAAAUUGCUCAGC